UUAUACAGGUUUUAGCAUUUUCUUUCAUCAUUACCAUGGAACUAACUAAGUCUGCUCAAAGGCUAUUCCUACCUCUAUGUCUGGUCUCUUUUUUCGUUUCAGGAGAAGGAGGGGCACGGCAGAAAGUUUCAGCUGUUGCUCAGCAAGACUGGCGUCCGACAAAGCUGUUUGUUUUUGGAGACUCCUUUGCUGCCACAGGCAACAAUGACAAUGAUUUUUUGAACACCCCUUGGAAUUAUCCUUAUGGAAAGACCUUCCCCGGAAAAGCAACCGGCCGAUACUCCGACGGUCGUGUCCUCACUGAUUUCAUUGCCAAGUUCAUAGGAGUGAAGUCUCCGAUCUCAUACAAAUUAAAAAAUAAAGUUGCAGGUGAUUAUUUGAAAUACGGGAUGAACUUCGCAUACGCAGCUACGGGUGUGACCAGUAUCUCAUACUAUUACCCCAACUUGACUACCCAAAUAGACUACUUUCAGCGGAUUAUCGAGGGAGCAAGUUCUAUAUACAACACCACAGACCUCCACUCUUCUGUGGCUCUCGUUACCGUCUCCGGUGAUGACUAUGAGUCUUACAUUUUCAGUAUGGAAGGCCAUACUCCGGCCUAUCAAUUACAGAGUUGGAAAUCCUUCAGCACCUCAGUAGUAAAUCAGAUAACCAUUAGUUUAAAACGUAUCCAUGACUUGGGAGUUAAGAAAAUACUCGUGACUGCCCUGGAACCUAUGGGAUGUCGCCCUACAAGUACGGCUGUAUUCUCCUACAAAAAGUGCAAUGAAACCAGAAACUCACUUUCCAGGUCUCACAACGUCCUGUUAAAGCAAGCUGUGGCAAAGUUGAACAACCAGGCCAAGAGUUCUUCCUUCAUCAUUCUCGAUCUUUAUACCUCUUUCAUGUCCGCAUUGAAACACAAAGGUACUACAAAGUUUAAGGACGGACUAAAGCCCUGUUGUGCUGGUGUAACACCUGAUUAUCCAUAUGGUUGUGGCAUGAUGGCUGACAUACCGGGGGAAGAAACUUAUACCAUUUGCAAGAGUGCAGCUGCUGCCUUCUUUUGGGACUAUGCUCACCCUACACAACAGGGAUGGUUCGCUGUGUAUUCAAACCUCAAAGCUACACUUAAGAAACUCUUCUAA